GCGUGCCGAUUACAGGGAAGAGAAUUGAAGCAGCUUUGGAGACGGCAAAACGUCACGCUUUUCCAUUCCACGCGUGAAUCCUCUGUCGCAUCGCAUGUUGUCCAAUUUCAAAACCCAAGGCGCCUCUCUAAGCUUUCGAGACGCUUUAAAAUACCCUUGAAAAUAGCUCUUCUACGAUCUCUUCGCUAGCUAGUCUGAAGUCUGAACUCUGAAGCUAACACAAACUAUGUCUGCCAUGGUGGAGGUUAGAGUUCCGAAUCUUGACUGCGAUGGAUGCGCUACAAAGCUGAAGAAAGCUCUCUUCAAGAUCAAAGGAGUAGAAGAGGUGGAAGUAGAAAUGGAGACACAAAAGAUUACAGUAAGAGGGUAUUUGUUGGAGGAGAAGAAGGUGCUCAAAGCAAUAAAGCGAGCUGGGAAAGCUGUGGAGCCAUGGCCGUUCCCUGGAUACUCUCAUUUUGCCUCGUUUUACCAAUAUCCCACUUACAUUGUCAACCAUUAUUAUGACACCCACAAAAACGGAGCGGCCCCCGGCGUACAUACUUUCUUCCAUACCCCUGCUGUUUACUCGGUCGCCGUCGCCUCCGAUGAGGCCAUUGCUUCUCUCUUCAGCGAUGACAAUCCGCAUGCUUGCACCAUUAUGUGAACAUGCACUUUCUUUUCUUUUUUGUUUAUUUUAACUGAUUAAUGUUUUUCUUUUUUCUUUUUUCUUUUUUCUUUUUUGCGCUCGUUAUGCUUACUUCAAAGCUCAUGCGCUCGUU